UGCUAUUCGUUUCUCUCUGAUCACUCCGUUGCAUUUGGCAGAACUUCUCUGCCCGAGCACAGCCUUGAAGAUGGUGGCCAGAGCAGCAUUAGCUCGUAACAUCGUUGGCAUUUUAGGAAACGUUAUCUCCUUCGGUUUGUUCCUCUCACCGGCUCCCACUUUCAUUGGAAUAAUAGAGAAGAAGGCAGUAGAAGAAUUCAAGCCAGACCCUUAUCUAGCAACGGUGCUGAACUGUGCUUUUUGGGUGUUCUAUGGAAUGCCUUUUGUGCACCCCCACAGCAUUCUUGUGCUUACCAUUAACAGUGUUGGACUUGUAUUCGAACUCGUCUACCUCGCCAUCUUCUACACAUUUGCCACCAAAAAAGGACGGAAGAAGGUUGUGCUUGGGCUUCUGGUGGAGACCAUAUUUUUCGCAGCUAUAGUUCUCAUCACGAUGCUGGCGUUGCAUGGCACAAAGAAAAGGUCGUUGAUCGUUGGUAUUCUGAGUGAUGUGUUCAAUGUUAUGAUGUAUAUUUCGCCCCUCACAAUCAUGGCCAAGGUUAUAAAGACCAAGAGUGUGAAGUACAUGCCCUUUUGGCUCUCGUUUGCUAACUUUUGCAAUGGUUUGUGCUGGGCAAUUUAUGCUCUCAUCCACCCCUUCGAUCUUUAUGUUCUGAUUAGUAAUGGUCUUGGAGCGAUCUCCGGUCUUGUUCAGCUAAUGCUAUACGCUUUUUAUCGCAAUUGCCAGCCAGAUACCAAUGACAACGAUGACGAUGAUACUUCUAAAAAACCAACUGACAUCCAGCUCCCUACUGCAAAUGGAGCACCUAGAGCCUGACCAAUAUCUUCGCAUCACAUAUUAGAUUUGGCCAUACAUGCCUCUUUCCUUUUAUUUUUUGAGACCAAAAAACUGGAACUUGCUUUGAUAUGUAUAUGGAAAUGACUGGAGUGAGGACUGAAGUGUAAUUGCAUUUAUGCAAGUUAUGUUCCCCGUCUUGUAAUUGGGAGAUCAUGACUGCAGCCCAAGUAAUCUUACACUUUC